AUGGACCCUGUGAGUCAGCUGGCCUCCGCAGGUAGCUUCCGGGCGCUGAAGGAGCCUCUCGCCUUCCUGCGAGCCCUGGAAUUGCUUUUUGCAAUCUUUGCAUUUGCAACAUGCGGUGGCUAUUCUGGAGGCCUGCGGCUGAGUGUGGACUGCGUCAACAAGACAGAAAGUAACCUCAGCAUCGACAUCGCAUUUGCUUACCCAUUCAGGUUGCAUCAGGUGACCUUUGAGGUGCCUACCUGCGAGGGAAAGGAGCGGCAGAAGCUGGCGUUGAUUGGCGACUCCUCGUCCUCGGCCGAGUUCUUCGUCACCGUCGCUGUCUUCGCCUUCCUGUACUCUCUGGCUGCCACCGUCGUUUACAUUUUCUUCCAGAACAAAUACCGAGAAAACAACCGGGGGCCACUCAUCGAUUUCAUUGUCACUGUCGUCUUCUCAUUCUUGUGGUUGGUUGGUUCAUCGGCUUGGGCAAAAGGCCUAUCUGAUGUGAAAGUCGCAACAGACCCUAAGGAAGUGUUGUUACUGAUGUCAGCUUGCAAACAGCCGUCCAACAAGUGCAUGGCCGUCCACAGCCCAGUCAUGUCUAGCUUGAACACGUCUGUGGUGUUUGGAUUCUUGAAUUUCAUCCUCUGGGCUGGAAACAUAUGGUUUGUCUUCAAGGAGACUGGCUGGCAUUCCUCGGGACAGCGAUACCUUUCGGACCCCAUGGAGAAGCACUCUAGCAGCUAUAAUCAAGGCAGUUACAACCAAGAAAGCUAUGGGUCAAGUGGUGGGUAUAGCCAGCAGGCAAAUUUGGGGCAAUCCUCUGAUGAGUUUGCCCAACAGCCUACUGGCCCUACUUCUUUUACCAAUCAGAUUUAA